ACUUUAUUUCGUGAUCUGGUUGAAGAAUAUCGACGCGGAAUGCAUUGCGCGGUGCUCUAAAAGUUGUUAUCGCAAGAUUGCUUUUUGUGAGCAGCGGGCUACAACUCAAGCAACGGUGGAUUCCAUCCAUCAUUCACCACUGCCUUGAACUACCAUCGUCAUGAAGAACACUGACCCCGAGAACCUCGCAGCUACUGCGCAGGCACUCAAACCAAGAAUUGCCGUCCCGAGCACGCAAGCCGUUGAAAUGCCGAUCACGAAGCGGCAGUCCGCGUCAACCUGGAACACCAAGAACCUGGGUCUGCGGCUAGCGACCGACUUCGUGAGCGCUUCGGUUGCUGCGUCUAUGGUAGCCCCCUUGAUCGCCAUCAUCGAUAGAUCGAUCAUGGAAAACGCCUCCGGGCGACAAACCAUUGCCCAAUCCUUCCGAAACUCGUUCCAAACCCUCCUCUUGCGCCCCCAGACCAUGCUCUUUUCCAAGCCUGUCGCCCUCAUAUUCGCCGUCUACGGCGGCACCUACCUCACCGCCAACACGCUCGACACGGCGACCUCGACGCUGCACAAUAAGCCGGCGCCGCACGUCACGUCGGGCAUUUUCAAGUUCGCCUCGUCCUCGGCGGCAAACAUCGGCAUCUGCAUUUACAAAGAUCAAGUCUUCGUGAAGCUAUUCGGUCCCACGGGCCCGCCCCGCCCCGUCAGUCUGCCCAGCUACGCCCUCUUCACCCUGCGUGACUGCAUGACCAUCUUCGCGUCCUUCAAUGUGCCGCCGCUGCUGGGGCCCGCGUUGACGGCGCGCAUGAGCGACGAGAUGCAGAAGCGCGUCAGCGGGCAAACGGUUGCACAGUUUGCCGCGCCGGCCCUAGUGCAAUUAUUUAGCACGCCGCUGCACUUGCUCGGGCUGGACCUGUAUAACCGACCUGGCGCAACUGGUAUGGGCUGGGAAAGCAGGUGGGCGGCGGUGCGUAAGAACUGGGCUGUGAGUGUUGCGGCGCGAGUGUGCAGGAUUGUCCCAGCGUUCGGAAUUGGGGGAACGGUGAAUUUCAAGGUUCGGGGGAACUUGAUGCAAAAGCUGGCUUAAAGUUUUCCACCAAAAGAGACCUUCUCAAGUCGAAAGUUUGAUGAUGUACAAGAAGUGGUCUCAGGACUGCUUCGAGCUUACAUCCAUUUUCCAGGCGUUGCGUAAUUAAUGGCAGGCGUUCAGGGGUACGGAUAAGCGUACUGAUACAUUUUGCGAAUUUCCAAAGCGUUUAGAGUCUAUAGAUCUGCAUAUCGAGUUAGAAGUAUUUAGAGGCAACAGUAUAAAAUAUGUGUUGACUUGC